UGUGACUUUUGAUCGACUCAUUGACUCGUUGAGUCACAAUCAGACCACAAAUGGCCAGAGAUUUGAAGCCUAAGACACCGAAACUGUUGUCUUUGAGAGACCAUAGGAUCGCUAACAAGAAGAAUGACUCCAAGAAACACAAGAAGAAAGUGAAGAAACAGAAGACACGAGUGGAGGAUCGAGUGGUGGCCACGGCGUCCACCACUAUGUUCUUCAACUACAACCAGUCAUUGGGUCCACCAUUUCGGGUGAUAUGUGACACCAAUUUCAUCAACUUCUCCAUCAAGAACAAGCUGGACAUCAAUCAAGCCAUGACUGAUUGCUUGCUCUCUAAAUGCAUACCUUUGGUCACCGAUUGUGUUGUCGCCGAACUCCAGAAAUUGGGCGCAAAGUAUAGGCUGGCGUUACGUAUAGUGAAGGAGCAGAUGGAGAGACUUCCGUGCAGUCAUUCCGGCACUUAUGCCGACGACUGUCUCGUCCAUAGAGUCACUCAACACAAGUGUUAUAUCAUAGCGACUGCCGAUCGGGCGCUCAAACGCCGCAUCCGAAGAAUCCCCGGAAUCCCUGUCAUGUAUAUCAAAGACAGACAGUUCUUUGUCGAACGCAUGCCCGACGCCUAUGGCAUCAGAACCUGAUGGCCACCACUCUAUGGCUGUUAUGACCAUUGGCUACCAAUUUGUGUUAAUUGACGGCUAAUCUCAUUAUAUGAAUCAAAACGUCAAACACUAGCUUAUGUAUGAAACUAAAUAUUGCAUUGGUUUGAACAUUUAAUGUACAAUUUGCAAAUGAG